UGCAGACUUCAUAUAUCGUGACUGGGUGCUGUCUGUUUUCAGAGAACAGAGUCGCGAUAGAGACCGAGAUAAGGAGAAGAAGCGUGAUCGUGAGGAAGAUGAGGAAGAGGCGUAUGAACGGCGUAAACUGGAGAGGAAGCUGCGAGAGAAAGAGGCGGCGUAUCAGGAGCGUCUGAAGAACUGGGAGCUCAGAGAGAGGAAGAAAGCCAGAGACUACAGCAAGGAGAUGGAGAGAGAGGAGGAACGCCGGCGUGAGAUGGUAGACUAUUGUCCUGAUCUAUUCACAUAAGCAUUUCAGCCUAAA